AUGCCAUCGGGAAAGGAUUUGGAUUGUGGAGACUCAAGAAAGAGAGACCACAAUGCCAAAGAUUGUUCAAGGAAGGGCAAGUUUUCCCAAGAAUCAUCUGGAAUGAAGAGAUCGCAAUCUGACAAGGAUGGAAAACUGGGAAGUUCGUCAAAGGACUCGUACACUACGAAUUACGGAAAAUGCCAUGAUGAAGGAAUGGACCUCAAUCUGCGAAGAAAGAGUAAACCCUUAGAAGAAACAACAGACAAUUACUUAAGCGAGAUCUUGGAGGAAUAUUAUAAGGAAAUGACAGCAGAACCACCUGACGAAACGCUAAAAUCUGCUUAUAAUGAAGCUUCGAUAAGAGAUAAUGUCAUAAUGGAGAAGAAGGAGGAGGACGAUAUCACAGGUGAACCAACAGAUGCAAUACAAAGACCCUACUGCAACGAAACACGGGAAUACAAGGUGCUCCAAUACUCCUUCAGAAACAAUAAACACCUGGACAAUAAAGAGUCAGACAUGUUAGUAAAUCUACCGGACAACUUCUGUAAUGAAAAAGAGCAACUGACCAUUAUGGAUAAUUAUGAUCAAGAAGAAUAUGCCACUGUGCAAAAGGAACCUGUUACCAACAAAUUAGAUCUUGAAGAUACUUGGCAUACAAUAAAGGAAAUAGGCCUAUUAAGGAAUUUCUGA